AUGAGGGUCAACAUUGGAGGCUGGCGAAGCGACGGACGGGUGUCCCGAGCGGCGCCAUACGUCACGUCAAUGCAGGGAUAUGCCGCAAACGGCGAAGUGCGCGCGCAACCGACCGCGAUGCCAAUACCUCAUCGCGAAACGCGUUUGAACAAUCUAAAGAUACCUAUGGUACAGAAAACAACGUCUGUAUUUCAUAGACUAUAUGUCCCUAGAAAAAUAGUGGGAAGAUGGGCAUAUAUA